GCAUAUCAGUUGAAGAAUGACAUGGAAAGUUAUAAGAGGGCUUUGUUGAGGAUGGCUGCUCAUUACAGUUCGAGCAUUGAACAAGUUGAUGAUCAUAUAAAGAUGCUGGAGGGGCAGCAACCAGAGGAUAGUCCUGAAGAUAAUGUCGAUUUCACUGAUAGAGUUGAUGAUGUUUCUGUUGCUAAGGGAACCAAUGAUGUCGGUCGCAAUGCAUCUGCUGCCAAUGCUGAUGAUGAGACUGGUGCUAACAGUCCAAAGUCCCCGGGUCUUGAUGAUUUGUCAAUGGAGAUGGAUAAGGAUGGUGCUGGUACUGUUGAUGUUGUGUUGCCAGAUGUUGGUCACAAUGAUCCUGCUGGCACUGCUAAUGAUGAUACCUCUCCUAAGGGAGUGUUAGAUUCGGAGGGACUUGAUGAUCAUCUUGAUAAUCUGACAAUGGAGAUGACACAAAAAAGUGUUGAUUCUGAGAAUGCUAAGAAGGUGAUGGUGAUGGACAGCUGUGAGGAAAAGGGACAAGGUGAUGAUGGAGAUGACAAUGUUGAUGCUGCUAAGUUGGAUAACUUGGUUGAGAAGGUCGUAAAGUCUGCUAUGGGGGAUGUUUGUGAAGAUGUGGUGGUUGAUGAGAAA